GCAGACAUAGUAUUUUAUUUCUCUAUGAUUGUUGUUUUGAAUAAAAUUCUAAAUUCAUAUAAAAUGGUAAUAUACAGUAUUUAUGUUGUCUCGAAAUCGGGUGGUUUGAUAUUUAAUCAUGACCACACUGUUUCUAAAACGGAAAAUGAAAAAUCAUUUUCUUAUCCACUGGAUUUGAAAUUGAAAUAUGAAAAUAAAAGAAUAAUUGUUGAAUUCGGCCAAAGAGAUGGAAUUCGACCAGGUCAUGUAUUAUAUGAAGUAAAUGGAAAAGAAGUUACAAACCGUCAACUUGAUGAUGGUCAAGACGUAUUUGAAGUAUUGGAAAAUAGGGAGCUCUAUCCAUUAACUCUUAAAUUUAGAAGACCAAAAAUGACAACAAAUGAGAAAAUAUUUCUUGCUAGUAUGUUUUAUCCUCUUUUUGCUAUUGCUAGUCAGUUAAGCCCCGAACCAAAAUGUUCGGGAAUAGAAAUUCUAGAAGCUGAUACAUUCAAGCUAUACUGCUUUCAAACAUUAACAGGAGUGAAAAUGAUGGCUGUAGCAGAUAAGAAUCAAAGUGGAGUCGAACUGUUGCUCAAAAAAAUUUAUGAAUUAUAUGCAGAUUUUGCUUUAAAAAAUCCCUUUUAUUCUUUAGAAAUGCCUAUAAGAUGUGAAUUAUUUGAAACAAAUUUGAAAAGUGUGCUAGAUGUUGUUGAAAAAUCUGGAAUAACAAAUAUUUGAACUAUAUUAGCAUUAAUUUUAUUUAAUAAUUUAAAAAAUGUUACUACUGAAAUCAAUAAUCACAAUGUUGUAUAAAAAUAUUUAUUGAAAACAAAAAUAUAAGAAUUUCUAUCAA